CGAAAAGCCGUCCCUUAGAAAAAGUAAGUACCAUAUCACCAUCGGUGCCCCCCAACAUUACACCAGGAUAUGCCCUCUCUUCUUCUCGACUCGUUGCUUUUCUCGGCAAUUUCUCUUUAGCCCUUUCCUUCACCGCGUUUCCAUACAGAUGCGCCCCUGAACAGAGGGAGGAGGAUCGACAGGGUCCUGAGGUCCAAGACGGCUGAUCCGGACUAAGCCGUCCGUUCUCUUGAUUUACACACACCCAUAGUGUGUGUGGUUGCCUUCAGGGUCGUUCCAGCUUGGCUUAUCCGUGCUCCUGGGGGGUGAAGAGAAGCAUCUGAACGGUCCCUUUUUCCUUACCCGGAGUUGUGCGCUUCCUUGUCUCGCCUUGGAGAAAAUUCCCACUUGCGCCUCGCUGGUGGCUGCAUUUCAACGGCCUCCAGGCCAGACACAGAAAGAGUCCAGAGGACCCGUGUGACAAGAGCUCUGAUUCAAGCACCGUUAUUCAAUAUGCCGGCCGCAGAGAAGACUCGCCAGAAUCAUCCACGAGGGUAUCGCCUCGUCCCUGAAGGAGACUUGGAUCACGACUUGGUCCAAGGACGGCCCCUGGGGGUCCACCGCUCCACCCACCAACGGACAGGAGACGCGGGAGAUGCGAAGCGGUUGCCCGACAAACCACUCCCCGACUUACCUUCGAUACCUAUGCCCAUGUCUCCCGACUUUAGUCCAGGACUGGCGCCCGGUCUCGGUUCCCGUCGCCGGCCCUUGAUCGUCUUCCUGUGCGCCCUGGCCGGGUGCCUUCUGGCCGGAGCCGUACUUGAGCUAGCGUGGCAGGGAACCCGUCCGCCGCCGCCUACCCCGUUCGAAGAUUGCCCCUGUCGUGACAACGGCUCUGGAAAGCCCGAUGUCCCACAGUAUUUCCAGACAACCCCGCCGAUGUGGGCCGGGCCGACGGCCACCGGGAAAGCGCCGUUUGUGGCACAGACGGCAGUGCUGCCGACUGGGACCUAUUCCUAUGUGCCGAACCAUCCUUUGCAGACGUCGGUGCCCAUUGAAGGGAUGGGGAGUCAUAACGAAAGCAUCUUCAAGCUCAUGGGUUACUUGACCCCAUAUGAACCGGCUCCAGGUUUCGGCGUUGAUGAGUACUCCCUCCCCGAGGGGGCUGAGCUCAUUCAAGUUCAGAUGCUCUCGCGUCACGGAUCUCGAUACCCGACGCUGGAUUCUGGUGUUGCUGGAUUCGGCGAGAAAAUAAAGAACGCCAGCGGCAAGCUCACUGCUAAGGGAGAUUUGGAGUUCUUGAAUCAUUGGAGCUAUGAGCUCGGGCACGAGAUUUUGGUUCCCAAGGGCCGCUCUGAACUCUUCGAAUCCGGUAUCUUGCAUUCAUACAUGUAUUCCCAGCUCUACGAUCCUAAUACCAAGAUUAUCGUUCGAACGACGACCCAAGAUCGGAUGCUCAAAUCCGCUGAGUACUUCCUUGCGGGAUUUUUUGGCCUCGAGUGGACGAACAAUGCCACGAUCGAGGUCAUCAUUGAACAAAACCAUGCCAAUAACUCGCUUGCUGGUUACCUCAACUGUCCCAACUCUUGGAAACAGAAUGGCGGGUCUGAAGCCUCUCAGGAGUGGCAGGCCAACUAUCUGAAGAAUGCGACGACACGUUUGCAGGGUAUGAUUGAGGGGCUCGACUGGACGGUUGAGGACACCUACUCGGCCCAAACCUUGUGCCCAUACGAGACGGUCGCCUAUGGUUACAGCUCCUGGUGCAACCUCUUCACAUACGAGGAGUGGAUCGGCUUCUCAUACUCGAUCGACCUCGCAUUCGCUGGCAACAAUGCGUUCCAGAAUCCUACUGGGCGCGCCGUAGGACUUGGAUAUCAACAAGAGGUCAUCGCCCGGAUCAAGAACCACACGCUCGAAUAUUCACAUUCUCAGAUCAACGUCACGCUAGACAACAAUGAAGAGACGUUCCCUUUGAACCAGAGUCUCUACUUCGACUUUUCGCACGACACCAACAUUGCCUCCAUUCUCACAGCUUUCGGCUUCAAACAGUUCGCUGGCCUCCUCAAGCCCGAUGCGUAUCCCGGCCCUCACGACUUUACCGUCUCCCACAUCACGCCUUUCGGGGCCCGGCUCGAUAUAGAGAUCAUCCGCACCCCGAAACCCUUCGCUGCCGACCGGUCCAGGUACCUGGAUGAAGGGCGAGAGACCAAAUACAUCCAUUUCGUACUGAAUCAGCGGACGUUACCGCUCGGGGUCAGUUUCCCGGAGUGUGACAGUAAACGGGUCGACGGGUGGUGUGAGCUCGAAACGUUCCUGGAGGUGCAGGAAGCCAUGCCGGCUCUGGCGGACUUCGAUCACGCUUGCUUUGGUGAAGUGGAUGUACUCCCCUACGGAUCUGUGAACGAUGGGCGGCCUAUAUGAAGCAACUUGAGGGAGGUGCGAGUCAAGAAGGAAAGUAUGUCGUCAUAUAAUAUGGAUAAUGUGAUAGAGUGUACGAGAUGGUUCGCUGGACGAGCUCGUGGCAUUGCGGAUAGGCGGGCCUUUCAGGGGUAUUUUCUUUCCUUUCCUGUUCUUUGCUUUAGCUACCUUCUCUUCUUUUCAUAGUAUAUAUUUUUAUUUACUUUUCGGCCAUUUCCCGCCUGGGCUAGUCUGGUCUCGGACCCUG